CCCAGGAGAGGAAAUUGCACUUUUGUGCUGCUUGACAUUUCCUGAGAAAGCUGCUUCUGUUUUUCAGAGCUGAUAGCAGGUCUCACUUGGGCAGAUGUGGGUAGCUCUGGUUUGUCAGGUCUGCUCACUUGAUGCAGUGAUGGCAGUCAGACAGAUGCUGCAUUUGAGCAGUUUCCUUGGUGGCUCUGUGGCACUGCUGCAGAGCUGGAGCUGCUGCAACACUGGAAAUCCCAUUCCAGCAUUUUGACAUUUAUUUUUGGGCAAAGCAAGUGGUCCCCACCCCCGUUUCCCUUCUCUCUCAGGGCUUGCUGUGACCUCAGCCUGUCUUUAUUCCCAACUUCUGUCUCUGGGGAGAGAUGCUAAUAAGGAAGUUCAAGGCAGUAAGGAGCUAUUUAAAGCUUAUUCCACUCUCUGCUGCAUGAAGGAGGAACUUCUGUGCAAAUUAUUACUGGAGAACUGCAAACUCAGUAGCUAGAGUUAAUUAAGAGUGUGUUUGUUUUGUACCAAGGGUUAAAACCCGAACUCUGAAAUUACAGGGAGGAGAAAUGCUCUACUUGAUGUCCAAAAAACACUUGAAAUAGGUCCUGGAAAUUCCCUGUUUGAUGUUCCAGUAAAACAAGUUGUAAAGAUUACUGAAGAGAGAGAGAGACUAUUCUGUCACAUAAACAAGUAGCAAGAAAUAUUUUAUUUAAAAAAAAAUACAGAAAUUGCUUAUGGGAAACAUUCACCCCAAAACAGGCUAGAAAUCCCAAGGGGAAACAGUAGCUUUUUCCUCACAAAGCAAAGCCUUUGCUUUGCCUGCCUGCACAGGAAACAUCUUUUCAGUUGGGUCAGAUGUCGCUUCAGCCCCAGAAAAUCAGAAUUAUCUCUUCCCAGACAGACUAGCAGUGGUCCAUUACCCAAACUUGAGCUCAAAGCCAGCCAGUUUCACAUGGAACCCCCUCUGCUUGUGCCUAAUUUUUCCAGUCUUCUGGAAGUUUAUUUUUAAGGAUAGUUCAGAUUUUUCUUCUCUUUGGGCUCACUAACAGAGUGUUCCUCUACCAUCAAGUUCCUCCUGUGCUGAAGGCUGAACGGCAGCUGUAUUUAAGAUAGAAUCCAGUCCAGCCAGGACAAAAUCAGAAGUGUUGCCGAUGUUUGGACGUGACCUCAGUGAGAGAGGGGCUGAGCUGCAGAGCUGUCUCAGGGAGGAGCAGCGGCCACAGCAGAGGUCAUUCUCUGUGACAUUUCCACACCUGUAUAAACCAACCUCUGGAGAUUAUGGCACUGACUUCAUUUUCCAAGGGCUGCCUCAGGGAUUCCGGUGCUGCUCUGUAGGACCUGUGGCACAGAGGUGUCACAGGCUGGACAAUCCCUGUUUGCAUUUCCAAGUGCACAGUGGCCAAAGCACUGGGUUUGUUUUUGCAAACAUGGUGUGGUCGGUGUAGGAUGACCUGGUUAAGACUUUCUCCGGUCUAGACAGCUUUAAUUAAAUGUUUAUGCUCUGCUGGCUACUGAAGGAGAAUAGCUGGACUUGAGAAAGCUCUUAAUGUUAUGAUAGUCUCAUCUGUUUGUCAUGCUAGUUCAGGAAAAUACUUAAUUGCUCAAAGUAGCAAGGAAGAACUUCUUGUUCUUUCCCAAACAGGAAAUCAGCCACCCCACUGAAUUCAGAGUGGGUGGUUUAUUCAGAGUUCAGAGCCCAGUGCUGUGAGGAGCAGAGGAAAACAUGGAUUUUCUUACACCUUCAGUACUGCAAAAAUCACCUUUAUCUCAGGUUUUGGAGCUCUUAUUUGCUAGAAGCUGCCCAGCAGCAAAGGCAGGGUUUAUUUAGGCAGUUGAAGCACUGGUGCCCUUCUGAAGGGUCUCUCCCAUGUUUCUGGGUAGAAUGGCCAGCACUGGGAUGAGUUGGGAUUAAGCUCAUCUGUCAAAGCAGUAAGGCCAGCUGGAUGGAGAUCCCAGUUCAUAUUUACAGACUUAUUAAUGCUUGAGUCACUUAGAAAUUCCCUCCACACUUACAUGGAGCUUUCAUUUAGUCAUUUUUAUAAACACUUUAGAAAAACAGAAGAUUCCCUGUUCCUAAAAAAAAGCCAAACCUGUAGCUUUUCCUGUGAUUCAUUAAACCAGGCUGUCCCAUUAUCCAGGGCUGCUCUCCUAUUUCCAGGGCUGAUCUUUUCCUUCCUCUCAUUUUUUUUAUUGUGUAAAGUUAGAACAAUAUCUCAAGCUCUGAUCAAAGGUAUCCACAGUUCCUGAUGGAUAUUGCUGAUAGAGAGGGAGGGGUAUCUCUAAGUGUGCGCUGUUCCUCUGUGUUUGUUUACUGCAGGGUUAAAAUCCAGCUCCAAACUGGAAUCACAGGCUGGAUGUCUCUAAUUUGGUCAUGGAGAAGAUAUUUUGGGUUGGGUUUUUUAUGCCUCUUGUCAAGGCCCAGCACAGGGACACAUUCAUUGAGGAACGCUAUGGGAAAUACAACAUCAGUGAUCCACUGAUGGCUUUGCAGAGAGAUUUUGAGACACUGAAAGAGGGGAAUCAUGGUGAAAAGCAGCCAGUAUGCUCCAAUCCUUUAUCUAUUUUGAAAGUGGUGAUGAAACAUUGCAAGAAUAUGCAGGAAAGAAUGUUAUCCCAACUAGCUGCUGCGGAAAGCAGGCACAGAAAGGUGAUCCUGGACCUGGAGGAGGAGAGGCAGCGGCACGCCCAGGACACGGCCGAGGGCGACGAUGUCACCUACAUGCUGGAGAAGGAGCGGGAGCGGCUCACCCAGCAGGUGGAGUUUGAAAAGUCCCAAGUGAAAAAGUUUGAGAAAGAGCAGAAGAAGCUGUCGAGCCAGUUGGAGGAGGAAAGGGCACGCCACAAGCAACUGUCUUCCAUGCUUGUUGUGGAGUGCAAGAAAGCCACUGCCAAAGCAGCUGAAGAGGGCCAGAAGACAGCAGAACUGAGCUUGAAACUGGAAAAGGAGAAGAGUAAGGUGAGUAAACUGGAAGAGGAGCUGGCAGCCAAGAGGAAGCGGGGUUUGCAGAUGGAAGCACAAGUAGAAAAGCAGCUCUCAGAGUUUGACAUUGAAAGAGAACAGCUGAAAGCUAAGCUGAACAGAGAAGAAAACCGUACAAAAGCACUCAAAGAAGAGGUGGAGUGUCUGAAGAAAGCCCUGAAAGAGCUGGAGGCUUCUUGCCAGGAGCACAGUCCCUCCAAGCCUGUGCAUCCCAGCCCCUCGGUGACAUCCAGGGGGGUCACAACUGACAGUCCCCCAAUGAAAUCUGUGUCCUGCCAGACCGAGAGUCUGCAGGCAGAGCGGGCAAACCCUGCCAGCACCAGCAAAGCUGUUCACACCAUGUUUGCCAGCCCCCCUACACCUGCUCAUUCCUAUGCAAAAUCCAAUGGGCAUUGCGACACAGACGUGCAGAUGGGUGGGGAGACAAAUGCUGCAGAGAGCCAAGUUCACAGGGAGAAAUCUGCUGCAGCCGCAGAAAGCGCAGUGGAGAAUGGAAGUUCUCCUGUAAGAACAGAGUCACCGGUGCAUCUGAUGUCCCAGCUGCCUUCUGCGGGGGCGUCCCUGUCUCCCGGCAGCACAGCUGCCUCCUCUCUGACCCCUUCUCCCUGCUCCUCACCAGUGCUGACCAAACGCUUAGUGGGAGCCUCGGCCAGCAGCCCCGGCUACCAGUCCUCCUACCAGGUGGGCAUCAACCAGCGUUUCCACGCAGCUCGGCACAAGUUCCAGUCCCAGGCGGAGCAGGAGCACCAGCCAGGGGGCCUGCAGAGCCCUCCCUCCCGGGACCUGUCUCCCACCCUGGCAGACAACUCUGCCGCCAAGCAGCUGGCCCGCAACACCGUCACCCAGGUGCUGUCGCGAUUCACCAGCCAGCAGGGCCCCAUCAAGCCCGUCUCCCCUAACAGCUCCCCUUUCGGCACGGACUAUCGAAACCUGGCAAAUGCUGGCAGCCCCAAAACCGACUCUGGGCACUGUCCGAGCCCUGUCAAGGUUUCCAGCCCGCUCAGCCCGUUGUCUCCUGGGAUUAAGUCACCAACCAUUCCCAGAGCAGAGAGAGGGAACCCUCCACCCAUUCCUCCGAAGAAGCCCGGCCUCGCUCAGUCACCUGCUGCUCCCGCUCCUCUAACCAAAACCUCUUCCCAGGCCUCCUCCCUGGGUGCCCCCAUGGACGUGGCCAGCAGCUGCUCUAACAACUCUGUCGUGUCAAAUGGCAAAGACCUGGAGAUCCUCCUGCCAAGCAGCAGCUAGUCUCCAGAAAACGGGAAUGUGACAUUCCACAGCUUAGCUUACCCAAGCUAAGACACUGUUUUUCCACUCCAUGUUAUUUAUUUCCAUAGUAGCAGAUUCUGUCUGUAUAAAGCAUUUAGUAUAUUUUUUUUUCUUUUUAAUAGGUAGGAAAAUAUUUUUGUUUAUGAAGAAACCUUAACUACAGCUAUACAGUAGCCUCCAAAUGUCUCAUGGCAGCAGUCAAAUCAUUAGAGAUAACAACCAUAAUCAUGUGGUGGGACCUAUCAACCUCUAAUGGGACUGAAAUGCUACUUUUAAAUUAUGCAGAAGUAAUUUUUGCAGACUUUUUAUUCCAGAUGAACAUUUUAUAAAAGUGCCUGAACUAAGCCUGCAAUAUGAAUGUGAUUCUUGGGAAAAGGUGAGGGGGGGAACAUCUAGCUGCAGAAACAAAUUCUUCUGAGUCCUGAAUGUUGAAACCAACACUGGUUUUCUUUUUAAUUCUUUCCAUUUGCUAAGUUAAGUUAGCAAAUGUAUUACAAAUUCUGCUAGGUGACUACCAGACUGGUGCAGCCAGCCAGGCUAUGUCCUGAAGGACAUAGCUCCCAGCUAUUUGAGGAAGCACACAGGAGUUUCUUGGGAAAAAAUUUAGUUGUGAUAUCAUCCAGAUUACUUCUCUGUCAGUAUUCCUUGUCCAUAUAGUUCUUUCUGCUUUCCUGCCGAGAUGCCUGUGUGCUUUAAAUGGCUGAACUCUGGUUUCUGGUGUAUCACCUUGAAUUUUCAAGCUCUUCAAGCAUUCUACUGUUGUGUGUAGAACUUCUGAGAAAAGGAUCUUUCUGUUACUUGAUAAAGAUCUCACUAGUACUUGAAAAAGUAACUCAUCCAUCCAAUACAGGUUUUUUGCAACACCUAUGACAUGGGAUCUUCAACUUUAAACAAAAGCAAUAAUUUUGUUCCUCAUCUGUGUCAGUUAAGUCUGACUCACCUGGGUUUUACCUGCUAGCUGUGGCUAGCUUUCCUUGGCUGCAAAUAGGGAACCAAAUCAUUGCUGCUGUGGAAUUGAAUAUGUGUACAUGUGUGAGUAUGUCACACACGUACAGUGUAUUAGGGAAGUGUUUAUCUCUUCUUGAUCUUCUGCCUCUCAUGAAGAAACCAUGGCAACUCACUGAGAUUUUAAAAAAUUCCUCAGUGAGGAAUUGCCUGCAUUUGAGGCAGGUCAUAUGUGUGAAGAAGUAUUUGGACCCGGGAGAAGCAGCUGAUUCCUGUGCAGCAAUGUUUGCUGCAAGAAAACCAACGGGCACAGCACAGUGCUUUUCUGAGUCACUGUGCUGAAAAAUGCAGGACAAACACCACAGAUCAGUGGCAGAAGCUGAGAGCACGACCCUGAGUUAAUGAUCUCGGGUGCUGGAUGUGAGCUGAUCCUAAAUGUAGAAACUGGACUUGCUGCUUGGUGUCGCCCAGCGUCGAGCACUUCCCCCGGCAGCAGAGCCGUGUUUGCACAGAGCACAGCUCCCACUGCCAGAGACGCGUUCUCCUUCGUCAGUUUUCAGUGUUUCAUGAGGCAGAACCCCUUUGCUGUGGGCAGAUCCCUGUGCCAGGGCAGAGCUGCCCCUGGCAGAGCGUCCCUGUGGGCUGUGAGCCUCGUUCCGCAGGACGUGGGAGCUCCGAGCUGCUUUAGAGGUGGCUGCUGCUGGAGUGACCCCACACAGCCGUGGCAGGGCUUUAGAGGUUUGCACAGACCUUGUAGUAGCCUUUUAGAUAGUGGUAUUGUGGGCUGUUGUUUUAAUCCAGUGGAACAGUCUGUGUAUUGACAGCAGGGACAUGGAGGCAGCCAGAGCUAAAUGGGCAAUGACUCUUUUGGAAGCACAUUUAUUACUUUUUUAACUAAGUGUCCACAGCAGAUUUUUUUCUUGCUGUUGCUGAGAGUAAAUGCAAAAAUGGAUGGGCAAAUAGAUUUUGGCCCAUGUAUCCCUUCUGAUUGAAAAGUGAGGCUUUUGUAUACACUGCUUUAAUGAGUUUCUUUACUUUUGCAUUAAUCUGACUGGUAUUAUUCCCUUCCUUUAUUGAUAGCUCUAGAGAGAGAGAUACUAUGAUGAAGUCUAAUAGGAAAUGCACUGAGUACUGUUUAUUCUAAAAUAUAAUAUGGGAAGGGGUAUGCAAAAGAAUGUAUUUUUGCUAGUAGACUAACUUCUGAAAGAAACUAAGCACAAGGGAUUAAAAUGGAUCCAACUAAUUCAGUAAGACAUUUAGAGUUAGUAUUUAACUGUUGAUGUAGAUUCUGUGUGAAAGCAACUAAAUAUUUCUUCUCUAACUCAUAUGUCCUAAGCAGACAUUGGUGCAGAGUUUGUCACUGGCUAAUGGAGUAUAAUGAAGUGCAAAACAUAUAACACUAGUAUUAAUUCAUUAACACUUGUAAAUUUGUAAAGCCAAAUGUACCAAGCUGAAGUCUUUAAUCAUUUUUAUAGCUGAUGGCAUUAAACAUGUUAAACAUUCAUAUUAUCAAUAAAGGAUUUUAUUUUUAA